CGUCGCGGACGCCGAGACCGCGUCAGACGUCGUCGCGGACGCCGAAACCGUGUCAGAUGGCAUCGCGGACGCUGAGACCGUGACGAACGUCGUCGCGGAUGCUGGGUUAGGUCAAAACAAGAAAAAAAGAAAUAGAAGUGCUGCCAAAAGGUUAGUGGUGGCAACACAGCGCCGCGCAGAGGCAGCGCGCCAUGCAGAGGCAGCGGCGCAGGUCGUGGACUUCGACGGCGCAGUCGACAACGUACCUACCGAUCCGGUAAGCGAUCGCGAAGUCGGAGCUUCCGCGCGUAGACGGCGCGCUCAGCAGUGGGUUGACGACGAGAGCGGAGACGAAGCUGCAGGAGUAGAGGGCGCGUUACUCGCGCGAUCCUCGUUGACUUCGCUCGCGCGAUCCUCGCUGACUCCGCUCACGCGAUCCUCGUUGACCCCGCUCGCAAGUAGUCCUCCCGCGUCGGAUCCUCCUGUCGGCUCGCGUCGUGUUCUACGCAGUGCGUCGGUACGAACUGGGGUCAUACGUGCGGAGAGAGAUAGUGUGACGGGCUCACCUGUUCCUGUUCUCGGAAAGCGUAAGCUUGUGCCGUAUGUGGAGAUCAUAUCACAGCGGGCUGGAACUCGGGGUGCGAGAGCUGUCAAUCGGAGUGGGCCCAAGGACGGAACGUCAAAUGCUGAGGCUCUGAAGAGAGCAGUGUUAGCUAUGGCAGCAGUCAAGAAGGAUGCGCUUCAGGCCAAGCAGAAUGACGAUCUUCCUCCUCGUCAGCGUCGACGGUGGAAUGCGGAGGCAAAGGCUGCGGCAGCGGUUGAGAAGCGUCUGCGGCCAGCCAGAGUGGACUUCAAAGCCAAGAAGAUUUUGCAUGGUAACUUGAGGCGUAGAUGGCACAAGGAACACUUCCCUCAGCAGAACGAGGUUGUGACCAUGGGCAAGCGGUCACCCAAAUUGAGGUGUUGCCAGAACAUUUGUCUGAAAAGAAAAAGCAGGCUCAUUGCAGCCAAAGAACUUGCUCACUGUCUUACUAUAGCUUCCUUUCAUGUGGGGCAAAAGACAACAAGUCGGCAAUUGUGGUCUCACUGGGGAUGCUUGAAGCAGGGUCAACUGCACUUCCAUCGGCGUGUGGAUGAGAACGACAGAGUCCAUGUGUCAGGUUUGGGGGGCUUCAAUCGUCUUGCUGACAAGCAGAAGGAGGUGAUCACUGCUACAAUUGUUGCAGCAGAUCAACCUGGCCCUCCUCCUCCUGAUCCUAAGUCAGCAGCAGGAAUUGCGCGCAAGGCCAAAAAAGCGAAGGCGCGGCGGGAAAGCAAGCAGAAGCGUUCUGACUUGGCCAAACUGGGGGAGUGUCUUGCCACAGUGCAAAGGAGACUGGGCAAGAAAACCUUUGUGAGUGAUUCAAUUUAA